AUCUUACCGUCUUAAAACGUCAAAAAAGUAUUUUUAGAACCAACAAAGGAAGUUUGGGAGAUUUAAUAUAUAUUCAUACCUGGUGUUAAUUGUGAUAAUUUCGAUUGUGAAAAGUUUUGGAAGUUCAUCUUUCUUGAGUUUGGAUAUUAUGUGUGUUUUGUGUGGAACCGAUAUGUUUAUAAGGUUGAGAUAUACGUUUAAAAUGGUAAUUUGUGUGUUUUUAUGUGCUUUACUCCUCUUCAUUGACUCAACGCGAGGAUUUAACUUGGAAGUGGAGUUUCCUGAUGUACGGACUGGAACCCCUGGGAGUAUGUUUGGAUUUUCUGUAGCUCAACACGUCGAUCAAGGAGAGGGAUGGCUUCUGGUUGGUUCACCUACAGCAGCCACACAACAAGCUGGUAUUAUCAGAGGUGGCGCCGUCUAUAGGUGUCGAGCUAACAACACGGCCGAUAACUGUUCUAUGAUUCCAUUUGAUCAGCGAGGUAACUCUAACCAAUUUAAUGGUUCAGUAUAUUUAGCAAUAGAAGAUAAAUCACACCAGUGGUUUGGUGCAACAGUGGCAAGUUCUGGAAAUGAUGGACACAUCUUGGCAUGUGCACCACUAUAUGUUUACAAGUCUCCCAAAGCUGACAAGAGAGCACCUGUGGGCACCUGCUACCUCUCCAGGUACAACUCCUUCACGGAGUUCACUCCCUGUAAAUCCUCUAAUUUAGGCUAUGACAAAGGCGGUUACUGCGAGGCCGGAUUUUCUGCAGCGUUUUCUAACAAUGGAGAACGACUUCUUCUUGGUGCACCAGGAGCUUUUUAUUGGCAAGGACAAGUUCACAAUAUUUAUUUGGAUAGAGGAAAUGCCAAGAAGGAGACAGUUGAAGAAACUCAGGCAUCUGAUGACAGCUACAGAGGUUACUCCAGUGCAGUGGGCAGAUUUGACGCAGACGAUGAGGAUGAUUAUGUUGUGGGUGUUCCCAGAGCUGAAUUUCUGCUUGGCAAGGUGGAGCUGUGGACUCAAAAUAUGUCAUCCAUCCGAAACAUAUCGGGAGAACAGAUUGGAGCAUAUUUUGGAUAUGCAGUAGCAGUAGAGGAUUUAGAUGGUAACAAACUUGAUGACAUCAUUGUUGGGGCACCGUUUUACUCUGACUACAGUUCCACGAAAUCCUACGACACUGGAAGGGUCUAUAUCUACUACCAGAAUAAACAGGGCGAGUUCUCAACUUCAGAUACCUUAGAGACGGAAGUUAGACAGUUCCGGCCAAAAAGACGAACAAGAUAUGAUAUUUUGGAUGGUCACUCUCCCAAGUCUAGGUUCGGAUCAGCCUUAAUUGGAUUGAAGGACUUAAACAUUGAUGGAUUUAAAGAUCUCGCUGUUGGGGCUCCAUAUGGGGGCCGUGAAAAUCGUGGAGCAGUUUAUAUCUAUCUUGGAUCAGAGAGGGGGAUAGUGACCAAGGUUUCACAGGUUAUAGAAGGUGCUGACCUUAAACCAAACAUUGCAACAUUUGGGUGGUCACUCUCUGGUGGACUGGAUCUGGAUAAAAAUCGAUACACUGAUUUACUGGUGGGGGCAUAUUCCUCAAACAAUGCUGUAUAUCUAAAAGCUCGUCCCAUUGUGUAUGUGGCUGCAAGUUUAAAAAUUGACCCGAAGAAAAUUUCUCUUGAUCGUAAAGUUUGUAACUAUAAAGGACCAACGUCUAACCAGAAAGUCACAUGUGUGACAUUAUUUACUUGUAUAAAGUACGAUGGAAUAGGAGUACCUCGUCAGCUAACUUUUGAUCUAUCAUGGAAGUUUGAUGUGGAUAAGAAAACUUUGGAUGCCAAACGUUUAUACCAACUUAAUACUAACCAAGUGGUGGAAUAUGUCAACAAUAAACGACUGUCCAAAAACAAGGCGUGGUGUCAGAAUUCUUUUGUUUACAUCAGGAAUGACAUCAGAGACAAGCUCACACCAAUUAAUGUCCAGUUUGAGUUUAAACUUAAGAAGAGAAGCCUAGCCCGUCGUCGAAGGUCAUUGCAGCCCAUACUUGACCAAUACACACCUACCUUAGUGAAUACCACGGGUCACAUACAGAAAGAAUGUGGAGAGGAUGAGGAGUGUAUACCAGAUGUAUGGGGUACAGCCUACACAUUCACAGACAAUGUCAAACUUGGCAGCACCAGUAACAUAGACAUUGUCGUCCAUCUUGAAAACCGUGGCGAGGGUGCAUUUGAGACUAUGUUGUAUAUUGAGUUACCCAGAGGUGUACAGUACAAUGGUAUUCAAGACAGAAAAUUCACCAUUCCAUUUUCCUGUGAUAGAUACACUACCAACGAAACUAACUUGGUCACCUGUGAUAUGGGAAAUCCUCUCCCAACCAGGGCAAAGGCAAACUUUACCUUACGUGUAACUCCAGGAGAUAUUGACGGUAAUAUGGAUCGUCUUAGCUUUAAGUUUGUUAUCAACAGUUCCAAUGCAGAGCUCAACUCAACAUACAGUGACAACACCUUCUGGGUCACCAUUCCAGUGAUACAGGCAGCAGAUAUUAUUAUCAUAGGUCGUCUCGGUGCUAAUCAGACAGAGCAAAUCGUAUACAAUGAUACUGGGGUUGCUGCAUUCAAACACAGCAUCUACGGGCCACCGGUCGUACACGAGUAUGAUGUGAGAAAUCUUGGACCCAGUGACAUCAAGGAAAGUAUGAUUGACAUUUAUUGGCCGAGCUUCGAUGAUGUUGGACGGAAUCUUCUAUACCUUACUCAUACUCCAGAGGUCAUAGGUCAACAAAAUAGUCUCUGUGAAACCAUUGUCAUAACUCCAUUUAACUCUUCUUUGGUGGUGUGGUACGGUGAAUUCAACAAGGAAGGACAGAAAAUGGAUGUUGUGAUGGCAAAACAUCAGGCAGAAGCUCACAGAAAACGCCGCUCACUGGAUGCACAGACAGGGUCAAGAGUCAGUCGAGACAGCACCAAUAAAAUAGUAUGUAACAAGAAUUGGUGUACUAUCAUUAGAUGUAAGCUUGGAUACAUGAGACCUCAGGACUCGGCUGUAGUGAGGAUACAAUCUCGAAUCUGGACCGAUACUCUUGUCAAGAGUGGACUGACUAGUGAGCCUUACUUAAUAACAUCCCAGGCCGUAGCCGAAGUUAGGAAAAUGCCAUACAGCAUACGAGUAGCCAACCAGACGUAUAACGUAGCCACGUAUGAAAUUGGCUCCUAUGUAAAUGCCAAAAAAUUAGCUCCACAACCAAAAGCAGUAGAACCAUGGAUUAUUGCUGUGGCAGUGUCUGCCGGUCUCCUCCUACUGUUACUGUUGAUAGUUCUACUGUGGUGGUGUGGAUUUUUCCGAAGGAAGAGAAGAGAACAUGCAGAAACCUACGCCGCAAAGCCUUUAAUAAAGAAUGGAGCAAACAACCCUAAAUAUGAUAUCAAUUCUAAACAGUAUGAAUAACUCAAAGUUUCUUUUUAGGAAAAUUGGUUUAUUUGAAUAGAAAUGGAUAUUUUUCAAAUUAUAGAUAAAUUUUGGAAAUCAAAAUUCCAAGUGGAGAACUAUGAAAACAUUGGUACAAUAUACAUGUUAACAAUAUUGAUAUUUCUUAGUAUUUCAGGUUUUUUUUUUAUGUUUUGGCAAAUAACAAUCAUCUUAUCUGUAUGUAGUCAGUGGGAGAUCCAGAAACCAGGAGGAGGAAGAGGGAGGUGGGCAAUUUUUACCAGAGUUAUUGUUCCUAAUGUUCAAUAUGUAGGCUACUGCGAUCACAUUAAUUAUAAGAGAGAUUCAGGAGGGGGACAUGGGUUAUUGAUUUCCUGGAGAUAACGUUUUAUUUCGAAUUUGCAAGAUAUGUGUAAUUUCUGUACCUUGGAUUUAUGUGAUGUCCAGAAUUGGCAUUUCAGAAGUCUUUCACAUAUUGAAAUAUGUCUUGAAAUAUUUAUAGAUGAUUCAACAUGUAUACACGCACAAUUACAUGAAAUUUUGAUAUUUUCUAGUUUUUUUCUGUAAAAUAUAUUGCCCAAAAUGUCUCACAGAAUCCAGGAUGUGUACCCUAAAGUAUUGGAAUAACACAUAACAUUAUUUAUUCAAAACUUAUGCCUGAUAAGAUCUGGAUAUUUGUGCCAAGGUUAGAACCCACUAAAGGGAUUCUCCUUGUGGAACAAUGAUAUAUAGUUCUUAUUACAUAUUCAUGGGUUUCAGUAGAUAGAGAUUUACAGGAUGAUAAACGGAUCAAGGAGCAUGUUUAUAUUUUAAUUUCUUUGCCAAUAAUAGAUGUGAUUGAAGUCAUUUUUUUAUAUAGUUUACCUUCAUAAUAUAAGAUUCCAUACGUUUGAAUUACAAAACCAAUAUUGCCAAGGUUUCUGAUGUUUCUUAGGAAUAUUUGAAAUUAUUAUGAUACAAUGAUUGUCUAUCUAUCUGAGAAAGUUGUAAUUAAAUAACAGGACUGCAGAAAAUGUUUACACAUUUAAGGAAUGACUUUACAGCAGGAUGGCCAACCUCAAGUUAUCUAAUAUCUGGUCUUGGUCAUUCGUGAUCAAGAGAAACAGGGUAUUAAAGAGUCAUCAAUAAAAAGGACCUUAUAAUUAAUUCUAAUGUUAUAUCAGCUGUAUGUAUUGAUAUGUUCUAUGUUAUGUUUGAACAUUAUUUUUCAAAUACUGCACAAAAGUCUUGAAAUAUCUGGUGAUUGUAGCACUUUCCACAAUUUGAGAAGACGAAUCCUAAGGUCAGUAUCAGGUUGACCUGAUGAAAUCAGGUGAAUUAGUGAUACUGUUGCAGUUAGGAUAUUUUUUAGUGUUAAAGGCAAAUCAUCCCUUUCUGAACUGAAAUCACAAAUUUUUUUUAUUACAGGUGAAUUUUCUGAAUUAACUUGUAACAUUAGCAAAAUUAUUGGUGUAAAAUUAUCCCAACAUUCAUCACAUUAAAUCAUAAGUAUAAAAAAGGUUCAAAUAAAGGUAUAGUCCAGGUAAGUUAGAAUUAUGGUAAAAAAACAUACUCAUUGAUGUCACACAGUAAUUCAAACCAGAUAUACAUUUUAUGAAUUUUAUAGAUACAUCGUAUUGAAACAGAGAAAUUAAUAGCAAUUGGUUGUCUAUUUUUUUACAAGAUAGGAAUUAUUUUGUAGCUAAAGUUAAAGGGAUAUGUUUAGUUAUUGGAACACUGGCAAAACUUAGAUUUCCGUGAAUUAAAUGAAUGAAAUUGUAACUUAUACUACCAUUUGGUAAUUAAGAAAUAUCUUUCUUAUCUCAAGAUGGAAUUCAAAGGGAGAUAAUCAAAGCGGAAGUCAGAAUAUGUAUACUUUAAAGAUAUAUAUUUAACUUAAGCAAAACACAAAUUAAACACAGAGCUCACCCUAUUUACACUAAUAACUGAAGUAUAUGAUUUUGAGGUAUGUAGCAUCAACUGUCAUGAUAUAUGUUUCAUUUGUGUCCGUCAUUUUAACGCUGUCCCAAGUCAAGAUUGAUAUAAUCUAUUGUUGUACAUAAUAGUAGAAGUGUUAUGUUGAUGAUAAUUUAAAUAUGGGAAAGAUUUUAAUGUUGGUUUUUUUUUCAGUUAAUUUAUAUCGGUGCUAAUGGAAAUGUUCUGUUGCUGUUAAUGAUUUAACCCUGUAUUUUUUUAAAACCAUCUCUUUCACUUUCUUAUUUGGUUUUCCGCCAUUUUAUAUACCUUUGUGUUCAGUGUGUUUUGUGUAACAGAAUUAUAUAAGUUCGAUUUAGAAUAUAAAGAAAUCAAAUUUAACCUCAUUUCAAUGUAAGAUAUAAAAAAGUUUUUAAUUCAAAUUGCAUUAAGUCUAAAGAGUUUAAUGAAGUUUGUAAGUUUAAUCAUUUAUAUCAUUUUUGAAAUGAUAUUAAAUCACCAAACAUGUUGAAAUUGAUAUUUUCAUUCACUGAAUUUCACUGAUUUAGUGCUGUACAUUAAAUUUUGAUUUCUUUUUAACCAAAUGAAGACAUAAGAAAAUAUUUUGCUUAUUACAGAUUACUUCAAUAUAAUACCUGCAGCCAUGUUUAUGUAAAUAUAACCUAACAUUUUCUUUUUUUUUUCUUUUUUAGUUCUUUGAAUGAAGACCAUAAUCAAACUUUUUUGAUAUACAUUUUUCGUUGUGUGAUAAAAAAGAUAUUUUUCCAUCAGAUGAAUACACUUUUAAAUCCAGAUCAUUUGUUAGAAAGGUUUAGGCUUUUUCACUUAUUUUUUGUAAACACAAAAUCCCAAUUGUUAUAUCACACCAUGCACAAUAAGAGUUGGAAUAUAUUGUUUUCAGAACCCUUGAGAUGAAAAUCUGUGUGCCAUUAAUCAUGCUGUGUGUUUUGACCAGGUACAUAUGUACUUAAGUUUCGUGUAUGAAUGAAUGUAUGAUAGGAAUAUUGUGUUUAUUUAUAAUCUGCAUCAUCUUCAUACUCAGCUUUACAUAAAUGCUACACUUCAUCUGGUGAAAAUACAAUGAAAUGGUCUCAAAAUGACAGAAAUGUGGAGUAUGUCAUUGUAUUUGGAAGAAAGAGCAAUUUUUUUGCUAAUUGGAGCACUUGUUCUUAUAGUAGAAAUAGACUGUUUGAAAGUAUACUUACUGGUUAAAAGGUAGCUUUUAUCUCUUUUUGUCCGUCCAGUUCAUAUCUCGCCUCUCAUGAUCAUAUGUUGAUUUAAAACCUGGAACAUUUACAACAAAUAGGAAUUAUUUACUUAACCAUGGAAUACAUGUAUUGUUGUAUGCAUACUCAAUAUACUUAUACAUAGUCCGUUUAAAUGAUAGUGAAAGGUUUACCCAUCUUCCAUCAUCAGCAUCAUUAUCAUUAUCUGUUUUUAUCUAUUCUUUAAAUAAACAACGAUCUUAGCUUACUUGGGUUGUCCUGAAGAUCAAGAUAUAUUCUAAAAUGGAAUAAUUUAAAACUCCCAGUUCUGUUUUUAUUAGAUCUUUUAGAUUAAUUAUGGCAAUAUGAUAAUAUUCUUAAAUUUCUUUAAAUUUCUAUAAGUAAAAUACAGAUCGAGAAUAUUUGUCACCCAAAAAAGCAUUUAUACAUGUUUGUAACAAGAUCUCCAAAUGGUGUAAUGAAUAACAAGCACAGAAGUUCAGGAUAAUGUUUGUCAAGGAGGGUGGAAGUGCUGAAACAUUUUAUAACAAGUGUAUUCCAAUAGACUGUUGAAAUUCAUAUUAAAUAAAAGCUAUGACAUUGUCAGGCUCAAUAUCCUUGAAGUUGUCCUCUUUGUUCACGAGAUUUAUUUUCACAGGAUAAAUCAAUAGAAUUCAAUUUUCAUUUUGUAAUGUUACUAAUUUGACAUCCAGUACAAUAUAUAUUUUUUGUAUUAGGCUUUAUAUAGUUAUGCUGGAUAGAAAAACAUAGAUCAAUUUAAGUACAUUUGAAUUUUUUUCUUCCUGGCAACAGCAAAUAUAUUGUAAAGGUUGAUAUUUUGAAUGAUUAAAAUGUUUCAGGGUUUUGCCUAAAACUGAAAGCUGAAAAUAGAUGUGUAUAUUACAUAAGUCCUGAGAUAGGCACAGAAGUAGUUUUUCAGUGUUCUAAUUUUUGCCAGUUUAUUUCAUCCUCAAAAGAGCAAAGAAAAGAACACCCUUUAUACUACCCCACUACAUUUAACUAUUCAGUGACCACUGUAUGUAGCGAUUGACAGGUGCUUACAAGUAUUCCAGUUUGUAUAGAGUUUAACAUUUGUAGUCAUUUAAUGUACAGUACUUAUCAUGAAAGACAUCUUUUUUGUACGUUUGAUAUAAUAUUGUGCAUUGUGUUGUUGUAAAGUAUCGUAAGUGAUGUAUAUCGUUAUGAAAAUUGUGUGUUUAAGAAAACUUAUUAUAUGAUCAUUUGUUUGUAUAUGUACGGGGUUCCAGACACAACAGCUCUAAAACCACCACAAAAAAAUUCUUUCAGUUGUUUGCACUCCAAAUAUUUGCUGUAUACCUGUAAUUUAUUCUGAAACAUUGUACUAUAGUUAAUCUGGAAGGAUGCUAUAUCGAAUUGAGUCGUAAGACAAAAUAGGUUUUAUCCAUUGUUUUUUGUUUUCUAUGCAAUUAGCUGUUUUAUCAUUCCUAGAGCAGUACAAAUGGGAAUGGGUGGUAGCAGACAGCUUGCUGUCACGUGACGUUGAACAAAAAUACCCCUAAAAUCCAAUUAAUACUUUAGCAUAAUUUUUUCGGAUCAACUAUUAUAACCAUCCUGAAACAUAAAUAAACACCUGCUCAUAUUCAGAUAUGAGUCAGAAAAAGAUAAUUAUAAUACAAAUGAUGGCAUAUGGAUGAGGUUAAAAAUUGGAAUAACUGAAAGAAAUACCUGCUACAACGGUGUACUAAUUGUUUAUCUGAUGCACUUGUCUAGAUGCAUUUAUUUUUGUGAUAUAUAAAUAUUUUCUAUAUAUAUGUUGUAUAUUAUAACAUGUACACUAUGUCCACCUUGACCUUGACUGAAUCAGUGUAAAAUGAUUGUAUAUGUUUGUAUAUUCAACAUUGUAGUUACCAGACUAAUGGUUUUGCCGUGCAUUGUUGUCUGCUCGUGUGUUCGUGUUUGAGUGUGCGCGUAUGAAGGAGAUAAGUAAUUUAUACACGAGAUGAACGGAAAUAUCUGAUGUAUUUCAAAGAAAGAAUGGUAAAUGUUCAAGUGUUAUGUAGUCUGUUGGAUUGUAAUAUAGUACUAUAUUAAAAUAUACUUCCUCUAGAAAAGCUAAAUUUAUUAUAAUAUGACGUUUUGUAUACUGAUUUAUUAUCUGAAUAUUCACUUUACUGACUAUUAAAAAAUGUUUACGUUUUAAGGACAAGUGGUAACAUUUUCAAAUGAUGAAAUUUUAUUGAAACAUGAUAAAACGCAAGGGCCAUGAAUGUAAACAUUUUACAUGUAAGUUUGUAGAGAGGAUGUGAACGUAAUUGGGAUUUUAGACAAUGGAUGUGAUCGUAAUUAAGUGUAUUGACAAACGAUGUAAUCCUGAAUGAGUUUAUAGGAAACAGAAGUUUGUAAAUGGACAACGGAGAGAAAUUUGAACACUUUUAUUGACAAGGGACGUAAAAGUAAUUAAGUUAUUGCUGAUUGAUUUAAACGUAAUUAAGAUUAUCAAGAAUGGAUGUAGCUGUAAUUCGGUUAUAUACAGUUAAUGUAAUUAAGUUUAUGUACAGGGAAUGGAAAUAAUUAAGACUUUGGUUACUGAUGGCAAAAAUGUAAAAGUUAUAUCCUUUUGUCGCCUAAGGAUUUAUUUCUAAAAGACCAUACAUAUUUACACUUAUUUCAUGAUGGAUCGACUGCAUGUGUGUAUUUAAUUGAAUGUAAGACAAUGUAUCUUGUUAGGGUGAGUAUGUUAGUUUCGAAUUUGUGUGAACGAUUCGUAAAGGUUGGUAAAGGUCAUGUUGCGGAGUGAUUAUAUGUUUAUGUCUGUAGAGUAUUAAAUUGGCGUAACAUUCACAUGCUAAGAUGUUUAAAAUAAACUGAUUUUUACAAAA